GUUCCAACGAGAUUUGUGUAGAAUUUUCACGAUCGAAUCGAUGAAUGAACUGAGAUGUUUCUUCUUCCUUUUUUUUGAAUCGUGUACAAUUCAAAAAGAUAAUUUUCGUCUUCCUAGUCGUGAUAUACUCCUACUGUUGGCUCGACGGACGGCGUAGCAGUUGGGAUUCCCCUCCAUCUCCUGAACUUGCGCAAGAAGAUGAUGGUGGGCUCGCACAGCUGGCCAGGUCCUUCUUGUUUAAUCAGUUCUGUUUCUUCGCCGGAAAUGAAUUGCUCGCCACACCAACACUUAUCAGUUGGCUCUCAUCUCCCUAUAAAAUACGGUGUUUCUUUUGCUUAACGAUCUGAGGGCAUGUACAAUGGUGCUAGCUUAGUAGUGCCACGUAGAUUAAAUGUUGAGGUGGAGGAGAGAGAAACCGAAAAAAAGGUCUUGCCUUCGCUUAAUUAAGCGAUGACAUCUUAGCCCCGAUUUUGACGCGAUCUGUGAUCCGUGCGCCGAACGGCCACAGCCGGAUCCUUCUCGUUGCCUCGCGCGAAAAUUUUCUUCUUGGCGCGCCUCUCUUCCUUCUCGCCCGUCCUGCGCGCCAAAUUUCUCAUCCCGAUCCUGGAGCCCGCCAGAAGAAACCUAGGCCCGCUGCCCCCAUAAAUCCACAGCAGCAGACUCCAUCUUCCACCCGUGCGACUUGCAGGUUCCUUGAGCACCAACAUGGCUGGCCAUGGGAGGAAGAAAGCGGCGCCCCCAUCCCAGGUGAUGGACGGACCAGACGGACAAGACCCAAAAUAUGGCGCCCCUCCCCUGCCGAUGGGGCGACCUAAAGCUGCCGCAGCAGCCGUAGCGGCAUCGAACGCUUGGUUGGCUGGGCAUGCUGCCGCUAGAUCCGAUUCUUCCCUUCAAGUUGAUUGGGGAAAUGAUGUUUACCCACCUGGUGGUUUUGUAAAUUAUUUGAACAAUUCAUCGAGCUUCAGUCUUCCACAACAAAUUCCUCCUCCACCAGCCAUGACACAUGGUGCUAAUUUCGCGGCACCGCUGACAUUUGCAUCUCAAAAGAAUCCAAUUACAGCAGUGAAGAAACGAUCCAAACGUGCCCAUGUUGAAAUUGCGGAUGAUGCAGGAGAAGGUAAAACUAUGAAGAGAUUGCCAUGGACAUCAGAGGAGGAUGAUAGAUUGAUGAGUGCUUGGCUCAAGAACUCAAAUGAUCCUAUCGGUGGUAAUUUCAAGAAGAAUGACAAAUAUUGGGGAGAUGUGGUCGCGGACUACAAUAGCAACACCCCCUCAGAUCGCAAAAGACAAGUCAAUCAAGCUAUGAACCGAUGGCAUCGAGUUAACAAAAUGAUAAAUAAUUUCCAUUCCAUCCACGGGGAGAUUAGCGGUGUAUAUGCUAGUGGGCAGUCCAAUCAGCAAUUGAUGGAGAAAGUCCACAAAGCAUAUGAGAACAGACACGGAGGACCAUUUCUUCUGGAAAGUACCUGGCAGGUUGUUCGUCACUAUCCGAAGUGGUCUACGUACAAUGCAGAACUGAAUGGAUUGAAGAAAAUAGAUGUGGCCGACCUGGGGAAGGCAGAGGAUCAUGAGGCAGCUGAUAGUGAUGAUAUCCCACGGCCUCCAGGUACUAAAACAGCUAAAAGAGAUGGGAAUGGCAAUGACAAAAGAAAGUUGAAGUCAGAGGAUUUAGAAGAGCUUGAGAAAUUCUUAGAAGCCCAAAAAGAAGCUACUAAAAGUCGCACGGAUGUCCUUGAGGUUCAAAAGCGUAUUGCAGCCGAUAAACUUGAGUCGUCGAGGCUCAUUCUCCUUGCAGCGAAGGAGAACAAGGAGGCAAAAACAAGAGGGAAAAUGCUAGAACAGUACGGUAAAUUAUUGACACAAGAUAUGGCAGGGAUGACCGAGUUUCAGAAAGCUGAGCAUGCGAUUGCACUUAAAUUGAUGCGGGAGGAGUUAUUCCCCAACGCUCGUCAAUAAGUUUGGAAGGAACCUGUUCCUGUUUGAUGAAUGAAGAGAGAAGAACAGCCAAUGAAGCAAUGUGGUUCAUGUCCUAGUACUGAUGCUUCAGGAGUGCACAAGCUUGUUUUUGUUUUGUUGACAGAAGUAGUUAUUAUCAAUAGAUUUCUGUUGGU